GUAGCAGAGGCAAACCCUAGACUCAGGCAAAGCGAAGUUCGAAAUCUCUGAGGCAAAGCGAAGUUCGGAAUACCUAUUUCGGCUACAAUGGCUACAAUUCCUGUUAACCCAAAGCCUUUUUUGAACAAUCUGACCGGAAAGACUGUGAUAGUGAAGUUGAAAUGGGGAAUGGAGUACAAAGGUUUUCUUGCCUCAGUGGAUUCCUACAUGAAUCUGCAGGUAUGACUUUAUGGUUUUUGUUUACAGAAAUUUUUGAGUAAAAUAUUUUUAGUGGCAACCUGCAGUUUAAUCUAACAUUUUAGUUUAAACAUGCUUCAAUCAAAAAUAUGUUUUCUG